AGUUUGUAGCAAAGUUCCUCCAGAGGAACGAAGCAGGACUGAAGACAAAAUGGAGGAGUUUUCAGGUCCUUUUAUAGCUUUCGCCACGUGGAAGGCAUCUCAUUGUUAUUACUGUGGAAAAUUACAGCAACAAGAUAGAGUUUGGAGUCAUAUGGGCAAGUCACAUGUUCAUGGCCAAUUUCCUUCAGUCAUUGCCAGAGUCGGCUCCAGGUCUUUUGCUGCCCCAAGCGAAAAAAAGCGAGGGGGCACGGAGUGCUGCACUUGAAAAGUGCUGUCCCCAAUGAGCCGGAAUGCUGCCCCUUGAAAAAAGGGCCAUCCCAAGCUUGGAAUGCUGGUGCUUAGAGCCAGCCCUGGUCAUUGCAGGAAGCCAUUACCUACACUCCAGACAGCAUGUUUACAGAACAGUCCACUCAGUGUAGAUGGGCAUCUCAGACAGUCUGUCAUCAACCAAGUGUUUCUUGAUGAAUCACUUAAUUUGAAUAGUCCCUCCAAUAUGUGCUGGCUAGCUACCCCAGCAGCCAACAUUUGAAAUCCAGCUAUAGAGUCAAUAUUUACUAUUAAAAAUACAAAAAUGAUACAUGCAUACAGAUAGCAUAAUCACCACCAGCAAAUCAUAACUUUUUCAUAGACACCGCAUUUGACAACCUUUAUACAAAAUUUGCUGCAAAUAUAUAACAGUGGUUGCAAUAAUGAUCUAUAUGGUCAUAUUUUAAUCAGAUAAUGUCACACCAUGUUAUGUCAUGGUUUUGUUAUGUCAUAGGCUUGCUAGGUCAAAUUGGAUCAUAGUACAUGAUAAGGUUCCUUUGAGGCCUAGUUCUAGGUUGGAACAGUCCCACUGGAAUACAGUUGUGUCCUAGACAUAUUAUUCAAGGUUUGUUUUUUCCUGUGUAGACCAGAAAAGAAGACCUAGAGGAAUAAGUUUAACACUAUGGAAGAAACAGAACUGACGGAAGUGAAAGAAGAGGCUGAGAAGUAAGAAUGGAUCUGAGCCACCACAGAAAACCUUAGGAUUUUUUGUGAUAUGUAGUCAUACUCCGCAAAACUAAGGACUCGUUAUUGUUUGAAAUGGAUAAUAGGAACAUAGAAAUUCCCAUACAGGAUCAGGUGUGAUUUAUGUAAUUUGGUAUCUAGUUUCCAGUAAUGAUUGAUACCAGAUGUUUCAGAAAAAAGUGAAAGAUAAGUGACCUUAAAGGAUGUUAUUUCCUAAUCCUAGGCACUUAGGGCUUGUCUACCCUAGCAUGAUUCUGACAAUUUCCCAGUGAGACAACUCUACAGGUUUUAGAGAAAACACUAGUAUAGACAGAACAUAGGUGCUUUUUCCAAUGUAAUUUAAUACUCCAUGGCACAAUCUUCCUGAGCUCACUUGCAAAGUCCCUAUUCAGUCCAUAUUUAAGUCCCUCUUAAAGACAACUUCCACGUGGUGCUUACAUUGACUAUAGUCAAAUUGUGUGUCUGUGUGUUGCCUGUUGUUCUACAUCCUUUAAUCACCAUUAAUUGAAAUACAAAUAUUUUAGAAGGAAUAUAAAUCCUCAUGUUUUAGAGUAUAAACCAACCUCUAAGACAUUUUUAGUUUUGUCUAAUGUAACUAUGCAUGGUCUCAUUAUCAAUGCCUACUCUUUUCUUAAAUCAUCACAAGCUCUUACCAGCGAGAUCUUGUGGCAGAGAGUUCCAUAAAUUAAUUAUGCAUUUUGUUAAAAAAUACUUUAGCAGUUUCAAAUUUGUUGCUUUUCAAUUUAAUGCUUUUUAUAUUGUGAAUGAGAUUUGUAUCUUUUCAGUUAGUGCAUACCUUUUGUAUUUUGGUAAUUUGAGGUCUUUUUCCUCCUCCCUUUUUUGAUUAAUGCUUUGAGUUAAAUUAUUUUAAAAUGUCACAACCUGUCAGUGUCACUGUCAGUGGUUUUACCAUUUUAAGUCUGUUGCAAUGCAUAAUUUAAGUAACUUUUAACAAAUUUGUUAUCCAAAAGUUACUAACAUAAUUUAAAUAUGCCAGAACCAUUUGAAUGACGUUCCAAUGAAAUCUUUUCAUAAUGUUGAGUUUGGGUUUUUUUGGUUGGUGUGUGUUUUAAAAAAAAAAAUUGAGAAUGUCUGUUUGACUCUCGAUGAUGAUUGCUAGAAUGUCACUACAUUUUUUGAUAUAUGCGAGAAUUUGAGUUUUUGAAAUAUCUUGCUGUUGUUCCCCACUUUUGGGAUUCUCUGCAAGCAAUUUACGUUAGUUUUUAUACAGACAGAUGUACAUAAACAGAAGAUGUUUUCUUUAAAGACACCAUUCAUGCAGAAUUCACAUUCUUGAUUCACAGCUUCAAGAGUGGGAAUCCCAUGUCAUGGAAUCAAAGAAGCAGGAUGAGAGGUAAUUAUUUCCCCCUUAUUUCAAUUACAGUUUGUCAAAAUGGGUGUGCUCUCCUGGGAAGGGUUUCUUGGAGCCAGGUGUUGGUGUGAAGGCAUGUUCUGUUGGGACAGCACAGAAGCAAAGGGAGCACACAUCAAUCUGGUUGGCUAAGCUGAGUGAACAAGAACAAAGUGAACCCAUGCUGUCUUCUAGGGCUGGUUUAAGAUAGAAGUGAGGUUGGUGCAUGUAGGCUGCCUCCAGGGCAGAUAGCAGAGUGCAUGUAGUCUCUUGUGUGUGUAGGGGUGGGAUGAGGAAACUCCAGGAUACAAUACAAUAGGCACAUGUUCUCUUUCUCAGGUAUGUGUGGGAAGCUUUCAGGCUGGGUGGUGCUGGUGGUGAACUUGAAUGCCAUCUUGGUGCAGCUAUUUCCAGACAAGAGGGUGGUGGCCAUGAACACUUUGUAUUGGGAAUAUGUGGAAGAGGCUACUUCCAGGCCAAGGAGUGAGCUGCCUUGUAUGUGUGUCAAGGUGACAUUUCCAGAUCAGGUGGUGGUAGGCACACUUGCUUGUGUGUGUGGGAGGGGGUCUAGUAGUAGGCAUCUCAUGCACUCUUAUGUCUGGGUAAUAGGGUUGUUUCCAGACUGAAACGUGGUUGGUGAGUUCAUUCUCUCAUGUGCACUAUACAACUGCUUCCAGACUGAAUGGCAGAUGGUGCAUGUUCUCGUGUGUGUGAGAUAGGCCUGCUUCCAGGCUGGAUGAGUGUGAGAGGCUAAAGCUCUCAUAGUUCUGUUGAGGAAAGAUAUUAUAUACUAACACCAAUUUCCAACCAUCACAAAAUAUUCUGCUCCCAAAACCACUCUUUCCAGUCAACAGGUGUAAAAACUCCCUGUUCUGAAGCAUCACCUGCAAUGACCACCAAGAGGAUUGUCCUAAUACAGGGUGGCUGAGAAGAUCACACAUCCUCACAGGAGUGGGCGCUUGUGGUGCGUAGAUGGACUUCAAGACGAGGGGCAUGGAUUCUUGGGGGCCACAAAUAGAAGUGGGUACAUGCCAGGGAGACGAUGAACGUGACCCUAGCAGCUGUGAAGGCGAUCGUGCUGACGGCCAGAAUUAGCAGGUGCUGUGGUGAUGGGCAUGAUGCUGGAUCACCCCAGAUUAGCACGUUCCCAUGCCGGAGCAGAUCGCUACAGAGGUGCAAGGGGAAUGUGGCGUGGUUAGGCCUGCGCGUCCCUCUGGGGCUGGCGUGGAGAGCAGACCGGUUGGUUGGGAGGGCGGCCACAAGCGUGACGUAAAGACAGGGCGGCGCCCCAGGGGUGUUGUAGCGGCGUUCCCGGCUCCCUGGGAACAACAUGCAGCUGCCUCCCCGAGCAGGGCUCACAGGCUGCCACAAGCGGAGGGCUGCAGCCGCAAGAGCCGGCGUGAGGCAGGGAGGAGCCGCGGGGUCCAGCAGUUGCAGGUCCCCGCCGCAGCGGACCCGAAGCCCGCCCCAGAGGGGCCGCGCAAGCGCUUCUCUCAUCCAACACCAUCCACACCACUUCCGGGUUCAGCGGCGCUCACAAGAUGUCUGCUGCUCUUAGCGCGCUUGCUCAAGGGAAAGGCCGCCAGGAGUCACGGCGGCGCAAGCGCACGAGGCAUCUUUCUUCCCCCACCCACCCCGUUCUGCGAGUCGCGGUUUGUUUGUACCAGCGACCGCAGUGCGUCAGGCUCAGCAGCCCCUGUCUCGGUCACGACCCUCCCCCCGGAGAACGAUCCGAGCAGGCGGCCCAGGCUCCGCCCCCUACACCUCCUCUCCCGAUCUGGCCUCCCAGGGCCGCCGGCCCCUCUUAGCCACCUGCGCUCACUCCCCAGCCCGUCCCUCGCAGGGCCCGCCGGCCAGGGGUGGGAGGGUAGCGGCGUAGAAGGGGUUGGGAACUCAGGUGGGCGCCCUAGAUCAUUUUGUCCCUCCCGGCAUGGGACAAAAGGUCUCUGGUGGUGACCUUCCGUGUCACGUGAAUGGGGUCCUGCUGCCGCCGCCCCGAGCAUUCUGCGGUAUAGGCUGCCCCGGUCUCGCCUGACGGAAAGAAGCUGGCAGAGAUACUGUUGUUACCCUGGGCAGGCGGCUGUCCUGCCUGCCUGCGUGUUGUUAGCCGCCCGGCGAGGCGAGAGAGUCAGUGGAUCUGGUGCGGGCUGCAGUGCGGGCUCCAGUUUGUGCAGGCAAUUGUCUUAGCUGCUCUAAAGGUCCUUGGGAGGUGGGGUCCUGCCGUGACCUUUGUGAGGUGUGAGCCGGGCAGAAGCCGGUGCCCGCCGAGGUUCCUCGCUUAACGCGCGCCGAUCCCCCCCCCCCCCCCCCCCUUUCGGCCGCUGCCUGUGCGGGGCACGCGCGGAUUUAUGUGCUGGGAGCUGGGAGAGGCCGGGCGGCUGGAGUGGCAGCAGGAGGCGGCAGCAACAUGGGUGUGAUAGGUGUACAGCUUGUGGUUACCAUGGUGAUGGCUAGUGUCAUUCAGAAGAUCAUACCUCACUAUUCUCUAGCUCGUUGGCUUCUCUGUAGUGGCAGUUUACGAUGGUAUCAACAUCCCACUGAAGAAGAAUUACGAAUUCUUGCAGGGAAGCAACAAAGGGGGAGAAGCAAAAAAGAUAGAAAAUAUAACGGUCAUAUUGAAAAUAAACCCCUAACCAUUCCUAAGGAUAUUGAUCUUCAUCUGGAAACGAAGUCAAUUACUGAAGUGGACACUUUAGCAUUGCAUUAUUUUCCUGAAUAUCAGUGGUUGGUGGAUUUCACAGUUUCAGCUACAGUGGUGUACUUGGUAACUGAAGCCUACUACAGUUUGAUGAAGCCCUCGCAGGAAAUGAAUAUUAGCAUAGUCUGGUGUCUGCUUGUUUUGGCUUUUGCCAUCAAGAUACUGUUCUCAUUGACCACUCACUACUUCAAAGUAGAAGAUGGAGGUGAAAGAUCUGUCUGUGUCACCUUUGGCUUUUUUUUCUUUGUCAAAGCCAUGGCAAUCCUUAUUGUUACUGAAAAUUAUCUAGAAUUUGGACUUGAAUCAGGGUUUUCAAAUUUUUCAGAAAGUGCUGUGCAGUUUCUUGAAAAGCAAGGUUUGGAAUCCCAGGGUCCCGUGUCUAAACUAACUUUCAAACUGUUCCUGGCUGUUCUUUGUUCACUUAUUGGUGCUUUUUUGACAUUCCCUGGCUUACGACUGGCUCAAAUGCAUCUGGAUGCUCUGAAUUUAGCAACAGGAAAAAUAACACAAACAUUGCUGCAUAUAAACUUCUUGGCACCGUUACUUAUGGUCUUAUUGUGGGUAAAACCAAUCACCAAGGACUACAUUAUGAACCCACCUCUGGGCAAAGAGAGCAUACCUUUAAUGUCAGAAGCAACAUUUGAUACGGUACGACUGUGGAUAGUUAUCCUAUUGUGCGCUUUACGGUUGGCCAUGAUGCGCAAAAACCUGCAAGCCUACCUUAAUUUAGCACAGAAAUGUGUGGAUCAGAUGAAAAAGGAGGCUGGCAGAAUAAGUAUGGUUGAUCUGCAGAAAAUGGUGGCCCGAGUAUUUUAUUACCUUUGUGUAAUUGCACUGCAGUAUGUGGCACCUUUGGUAAUGCUGCUUCAUACAACUCUGCUUUUGAAAACAUUAGGUAAUUAUUCUUGGGGCAUCUAUCCAGAAUCUAGCUCUGACUUUCCAGUGGAGAACAAUCCACUCCCCAAUUCAGUUUAUUCUGAGUCUCCACCUGCUGAUGGGAAGAUGGAGGUAACUGUAGUACAAAUAACAAUGGCAUUGGGCAGCCUAAAGAACAUUUUCACUCCUCUUCUGUUCCGAGGACUCCUGUCUUUUCUCACCUGGUGGAUUGCUGCUUGUCUCUUCUUCACAAGCCUUUUUGGGCUUUUCUAUCACCAGUAUCUGACUGUGGCAUGAAUAAUCAGCUCACAAAGGAAAUAUCUGAAGUUAACUUCUCAGUUCAAACCCAUGUACCCCAGAGGGGCUGAAGAAAAAAUGGAAGAAUGCAUACGUGAAGAAAAAACACAUAUCAGAUUUUAUUCUUAAAUGCUUCCUCUGUAUUCUCAGGGUGAAUAUUGUUGCUUCAAAUCACAAGUGGGUUUAACUUUUGUUACCAAAUGGUAGGUAGGUAGGUAACUGCUGAAUUAUGGUAUUGGAACUGUGACUAACCUUCUUGUGUGGCUGGUAUUGGAGGGCUAAUUAAAAGGGUAGCGCCUGUGAGUACCUUGCUUUCCAUUAAUAGUAAGCUGCCCUGAAAACUUUGUAUAUUACUUCAGUCGUUGACUGAUGACUCUUAGUGGUAUUGAGGUACAGGUAACACUAACGGUGGCUGUCUAGUUAAACAUCUUGAAACUGAGCCAUACAAUGGGGAGAGAAUAAUUUCUGUUGGAACGAUAUUGAUCACUUUUCUGUGUGAAAAGCAAAAAAAUCCAACAGGACAGAAGAAAUACUGUAUAUUACAGUAAAGAAGGCUAUGUAAUAUUUGAAUUUAGGGUAGGAACAAAUGCAUGGACUCAGCAAAUAUUGCUGCCUAAGAAGUGCAGGAAUGCUCAUGCUCUAAGAAGAAUAUUAGAAAAAUAUAUAUUGUCUCAAUCCCUGCAGUCAUUUUAAAGUAAUGGCCAUAUAAACCCUCACAAGUACAGUAUUGGUGCUACUAUUGAUCCACAAAUUCCAUUUGGGUCUUUAAAAUUUAAUUUUUCCAGAUAAUAGAUAAAUUACAUUCAAUUCACAAAAUAAAAGGAAUAGAUUAUCAACACUGAUCAAACUGUUAAAAAAGGAUACCUAUAAUCCUGCUGAGUGUGCAUGUAUCUGUAAGUGUGUGUAUAUAUAUAUAAAUAUAUAUUAUAUAUUAGAUAUAUAAUAUAUAUGGAGUCUAUAAAAAUAAAUAUUGAAUCUUUAAGUUGCUGAAUGUAAGUUACAGGGCAGUGGGAUAGGGACAUAUAUGUACCUAAUGAGUUCAAGAUCUCUUUUUGAAUGAAAAUUAAAUUUUUUUUGAAAGUUCAGCUGAAAGGGCUAUUCAUUUUUGGUGCCUCUACAAAGGUACUUAACUUUAAUAAAGAACCUUUGCAAUUUUGUUGAAAGAGAUUCACCCAGAAGUUAUUACUCUUAUCUUUUCUGCUCUCUGUGAUCUUCAUUUGUUAGUCUAAUGUGAGGUUAUCCUGCUGAUGUAGAAGUAUUGAACAUCUUUUAGUCUCAGAAAUGUAUUUUCUGUACCUUAAUUUUAAAAUGUAUAGUAAGGAGGAGAAAAGUAAGAAUUUGACAAGUUUUGUUUAGUUUGAAUGACAGAUCCUAAGUUGAAUACUUUGAGAACAAAUUAGAAUGACUUUUUUUUUUUUCAGUUGUUGUUUUCUGUAUACUGUAAUCAGAAAUGCAGGAUUGGGAAUUUAUUUUUUAAAAGUAUUUUACUUUAAAAAAAAAGUGUACUGCAAAAAGAUGUGGUUUUGUAUGAGGAAGUAAUAUUAGCCAGACAUAGAAAAUAUGGGUAACGCUUUUGAGUUUCUUUGAAUUAUUUGUGUAAAGCUCGGAAUAUAGUAAACAGAAAUGAAAAGACUGUUAAAAAAUGCUUAAUUUAAAUGUUGUAAAUCUGUGGUAUGAGAAAACAAAGCUUCAAAGAAUACUGAAAAUUAAGGAUUUGAGAUAGUUAUCAAUUCCUGUCUCUCCAUCAAAUGGCUUUGAAAGCAUUCAAAAAUAUUUUAGCUCAUUUGCUGUUACCUUAAUAAGUUUUAUAUACCGCCACCUCUCACCUGCAUCCCCCGCUGUGCGCACACUCCCUCUUAAAUAUCCUGAAAAACCUCUUAAGAUCCUGCCAAUUACUGUAGGAGUAUAGUACUUUAUAACUAACAGUGCUGUAAACUUCACUUAUACCCUAAUUUUUAAAAGUGACAGUGGCAUCCACUACCUGAAUGGCCUAAAGAAUAUUUGACUUCAUAAUUUCAAUACUUGCAACAUUCCUAUGAGAAAUGCCCUUUCAGAUUGAUUGACAGGUCCAGCAAUACUGGACAGUCCCAUUUGUGGGUGAGUGUUGUAUAUGAUUAGCAAUGGAAAGAAUAAGGUAGCCUUUAAGUGGUUACAAUUAGAUUUCCUAAGUUACUGCUUAGGGCCAAAUUCACAGUCCGUUUUGGUCAAUUUCAGAGUCAUAGGAUUUUAAAAAUCGUAAAUUUCAUGGUUUCAAAGUUUAAAUCUGAAAUUUCAUGAUGUUGUAAUUGUAGGGGUCCUGACUCAUGAAGGAGUUGUGGGGCGGGGUUGUAGUACUGUUACCCUUCUGCGCUGCUACUGGCAGUGGCACCGCUUUCAGAGCUGGGCAGUUGGAGACUGGUGGCUGCUAGCUAGGAGCCCAGCUCUGAAGGCAGAGCCGCUGCCAGCAGUAGUGCAGAAGUAAGGAUGGUAUUGCCACCUUUUACUUUUGUGCUGCUGCUGGCAGUGCACUGCUUUCAGAAUUGGGUGUCUGGCUAAUAGCUGCUGCCCAGAUCUGAAGGCAGCGCAGAAGUAAGGGUGGCAAUACCACAACUCUCCUAAAAUAACCUUGUGCCUCCCCGCAACUCCCUUUUGGGUCCGGACCCCAUUUGAGAAAUGCUGGUCUCCCCUGUGAAAUGUGUACAGUAUAGGGUAUAAGCGUACAAAAGACCAGAUUUCAUGGUCUGUGAUGCAUUUUUCAUGGCCGUGAAUUUGGUAGGGUCCUGUUAAUGCUCCCUUUAGGGGGGAAAAGUCUCUUAGUGUUGUUUCAUUCUGACUGCAGACUCAGCUUGCGAAGUUGAAUCAAUCUGUUUAAGAAGCUUAUCGUUGCAACUUGAAGAGUAGCAAUGAAAUUUAGAUUCUUGAAGGAUAAUUAAUCGAUGAGAAGACCUGCAUUUCUGUACAUGAAUAGAAUUUCCAUCCCCAUAGAUUUGUUGCCACCACUCCUAACUGAAAAUUAAGUGAUUGUAUAAGACUUUUUUUUAUAAAAAGAUGUGUGUGUCUUAUAUGACAAUUAUUAAUAUGGUUGGGCUUUAUAGAGCUGUUAACAAGUGUCAGAUGUCUUACUCUUCAGAAAUAACACUGAUCAAACUGAUACACAUGGAGAACUGACAUUGAUACAUCAAGAAACAGCUUGAUUAUCUUUCUAUCUUUGUUCUGAUUACCAUUUCUAGCCAUUGCCUCUUGAAUGUUGCAUCCAGCUCUGUGGUUCUGCAGGUUGCAGGUUGCAACCCUUCAGUGACUUUCAUUGAUUUAGAAUCUAGAGGACUUCUUGUACAAAACCUAUGUAGGUCAGAAAAUCUUUCUGACGUAGGGGAAGUGGAGAAAAGUGGUUUUUUUAAGGAAAAAAAACAUUAUAGUGAUGAGUAUGGUAUAAAACACAUCUGUUGACUUAUAGCUGAAUGGCACCUUCAUGAGCAAAUGAAUAACCCGUCUUGUGCUUCAUCUUAAGUGAUUUGUAGUUAUCUUUUACCCUCGUGUAUCUGUCUGCCAUUCUCAUCAGUAACCUGCAAAGAAAAAGUAGGUUUGUGCUUUUUUUUUUUUGUAGUUGUUGCAUCUUUAUUAUGUAUACAGAAGGCUUAUCAGGUAUGUACUUUUGGCAGGCGUUCUCCUUUUUUACAUUACAAAAAUAAGGUUUUCUUAGUUUCUUUUGGAGGAUUAUAUGGACAGCUGCAGAAAACUAAUGGGUUUCAGAAAUAUAAAGCAAGUGAAACCUGACUGGGAAAGCAGUUUUUAGUCAGGCUGCUUAAAAUGUUGUGUGGCCUUCUUCAUGAAUUAUCUCUUUCUGAGAAAAAGAACUGGGAGAUAAGAUGUCUUUAGUAAAGAUUCAACAGCCCUGUCCAUUCCGUUAAGAAGAUGUGGCUUGUGAGCCUAAGGCCUUGACUAAAGAGUGUGAUUUUUAAACCUACUAGUUGACCUAAAUUGGAGUUUGUGUUUUAACUGAAUUUGAGUGGCUUAUUUCAGUUUAACUUGAUCUGUGUAUUUUUAACAAAUUUAAACUAAACUGAAAUAAGAAUAGCAAACCAUGAACUUGCAUCAGUUUAACUAAACUGGUUUAAAAUAACAUCUUUUUAAUUAAAUCAGUAGGAAUCUGUGUCUAGACCAGGCUUGAGACCUCUGAGUUGUCAUCAAAAAGUAGGGAAGACCAGCCAUGAAUUCCUGAUAGAAACUAUUUUUAAGCUUACAAAUGUUUUUUAUACAUCAUAGGAAAGGAGAAAAGGUCAUAAACCAGUAUUUUUCACUUUGCAGGGCACCUUGGAGUGCCUUUUGGGCUGUACUAUCAGCAUGUAGAUACUUCAGUAAUUAUAGAGGUCUUCAGGAUUUCCCAGCUGCCUAAAAGUUUGCAGUUGUUUGCAACCACAAAUUCUGUAUCAUUUUUUUUAAACCUCUUUCUUACAUGAGAAUCAACCAGUACAACAAAGGAAAAAGGCAUGUGGUAUCCGAGAGAGAGAACGACAAGCAUUAUAUGGAAGAAGAGCUGCCUUGGAGGAUUCAUUGCUCAAACCCGGUGUUACAUAACAUCUAUUCUUUAUUCUAAGGAGAUGGCGAACUUGUGAACAGGGAGCCACUUAUGUUCUAAUUGUAAAGUCAAACUUACCUAGAAGCAAGCACUGUGACAUGAAGAUACGUUAGAGGUCUAAACCACAACACUCAACUUCUGAGCAUAUAAUAUGGUUAUUGUAUUCAGAAAAUCCCAGCUAAUCUCAUCCAAACAGCUCUUUGUCUUUGUCAGCCACCUCUGGGUGCAGAAUUCACCACUGUUAAUUGAUGUCUUAGGUUUAAUAUUUUUAUAAGUAAACUUAUCUGACCAUGAAAAUUGUUUGUCCUCAUAGAUACAAUAUUGUGAAGUUAGUGAUGCUGUAAAAUGGAAGAUUUUAUACUUUUUAUUCUCAAAGACCUUAGUGUUACACUUUUCCUUUUUAAGUCUUAGCUUGCUUUCCAUAGAGGAACUUUGUGUUAUGUCAGCCAAAUAGCCCCCAAAUUUACUACUACACAUAGCCUAUUGCCAUUGGUUUUUUCCUCCACAAAGCUAUUAAACAUUUUACUCGAGCUUGAAGAACAAUGUCCACAAUAAAAAUAGAAAUCAUGAAUGAAAAUACUCAGGCAAAAGGAGCUGAAGUGUUCUAUAUUAAGGAAAUGUUCCUAGGUCAGAGCGGGAUCUUAAUAAAAGAAAGACAGCAGAUUACUAGUGUUCUAAAUGGUAAAGUGAACAUUUACUGUAAAAUAACAAAUAGGUAAGACUGUUGUUUUAAUCUACAGCUUAAAUCCCCAAAAUAAGUAUUAAGGGCAAAAUCUUGGCCUCUCUGAUAAAGACUUACUCUGGAGAGUACAAGUGUUACAGAAAUAUUAGAUACACUGUCUUGUUGUUGGUCAAGAUGGCUCAGGGCAGCCAGUCAUGCUGUACAGUGACAUGCAUGUUACUUCUCCUUUGAAAAGCAUCAGCAUGCUCGCCAGUAGUGGCAACAUUGUGGUGCGGUACCUAGUCAUCAUUCCCAGCAUGAGGUUAGAAUGACCACCUGCUGCUGUGGGGAGGGGUGGAUGGGAAAAGCUCCCUCAGGGUCUUACUCACUUGCAUACCCACAUUGCACCAAUCAGGAUUUAGUCUAAGGCUUCCUUACUGCAGUCUGCUUAACAUUUUUUACAAGGAAGUUUGUUUCACUUUUCCACAAAGUGUGUAACUUUUCAGGCUAUUUGCUGAAGCCAGAGAAAAGUAAACCACAGCCCAAGUCCUUUUGGAAUCUCCCAUUAUUGGUGUCAGGAGAAUAAUGAUGUACCGGUCACUGUUUUGAGAACCAGUAUAUAUGUAUUUUAUAUCUUUUGUUGUAACAGUGUUUUAAUGCAAAUUAAAUUUUUUUGUAAUGCUGAUGCCAUGGAACAUGUCUUCCUGUUUAUUCAUGUCAGUGCCUCCAGUUAGAUCAGAUGUUUCUACAUGUUGAUGCUUUUUUAAACUUGAAGCCCAGAUUGAAUUUGUAACAAGUAUAUGCUUAAUAAGCAUAAAUAUAUACUUAAUAAGUAUAUAACUUAAUAUAUAUUAAGUAUAAUUUAUAAGAAGUACAAGCUUGUUUUCAGUCUGUAAAUACAAACAGUUCCUUCGGUUAAGAUUCCCAUUAUUCAAAAUCAAGGAACGGAAGAAGUUGAGAUCCGCAAUCUCUGUUAACACAGUAUGUUCAUGACUUUUGUACGCUCCUAGGUGAAUUCUGCGCUAAAAAAUUAAAAAUUCUGUGCAGAAUAUUUUAAAUUCCUCAUAUUUUGUAAAAAAUAAUGCCAUAUAACCAUUGCCAGUUUCAAUUAUUUUGGUAAUUUAUUUAAACUACAAUACAAUGCAUGGAGCAUGGGAGUGGGGAGUUCUGGAGGAAAUCCCCAAAUUCUCUUGUCUGAUUGUAAUGUAGCUAUUUGACCCUUUAUUUCUAGUUAUUAGUCAACAAAUAUAUGCAUCCAUAUGCUCAAUAUCAUCAUAGGCAACUGAAGGGCAAGGUAAAACUGUAAAACUGGGAGGUCAAACUGUCAAUUUUAUAUUUGCUAUUGACCAUUUCCAGAAAGGCUGACAGUAAACAGUUCUUGGAGCACAUUUUGAUAGGAAAAUUUUUCAGUCCAAAAAUUUAGACCAGUUCUAAUCACUAAAGCACUAUAAGCAUUGAUAAGGUCACUGUCAUUUAUAAUAAGACUCUUUGAAACCAUUCUGGCAAUGUAAAGGAGCCUUAAAACUUUUAUGCCUGUCUUAUCCUCCCAGGGGGAAUUCACUAAGAAUGGGAACAGUUCACUAACAACUAUGGGAACAACUUAGCCAGCAGGCUGCUACAUUCUGCUCUGCCUGAAGGGACAGAGUCUACCUCACACAUACCUCCAAAUCCCCAGAAGCCCUAACCCUCCACAUGGGAUUCACCACAAUAGGGAGUGAGAGGGACAGAGUCUCUUUUGCUUGCAUGUCUGCACACCCAGCCCCUCUUCUUCUCUCCCCCCUCCCCCCUGCAGUGACUUACGUCUCCACUGGCUGCUCUAGGCACUCAAGCCAAUGUGCCCAGGCUGCCUGAGAGGGAUGUGUGACUGCUCUUGCAGCUUCCCUUUGUUUCCCUGUAAAAAGUCAUUUUUCUGCAGGAAAGCAAAACAUUUUUGUAGGGGAUGUGAAUUGUACAUGUGCACAGUGAUGCAGAAUUCCCCCAGGAGCACAAGUAGUAAACCACUGUAGCAUUUAAAGAAGCAUAUUUUUGAAUAAUCUUACUGGUUGUCCAUUUGCAAUUACUUUGUGUGAUAGUUUUGCUGUAUUUUUUAAACUUGAUUUAUGUUUUAUGCUUAUAAAAUGCUAUUCCCUAAUUUUCAGUAUUCUUUGUAACUUUGUUUACCUAUUAUGUCUUGUUGUCCUAUGUAUUUCAAAAGCAGAUGGGUAUUUACAAUAUUUUUCAUAAAAGAUAAAACAAAAGUGUACCAAAAAUUCCAUUUUGUAAAUCUGAUUCUUACAUGUGUAAACAUGGUGUGCCGACAAAAACUUUAUUUCUCCUGUUUCUGGUUUUCCUAUCUUAAAUCGUGCCCAUAUUCCACUUUAGUUAUCUUGCAUUGUUAACUAUCUUGCAUAAUUUGAGUAGAUAAACAUUUUCAAGAACAAGAGUGGGAAAACAUCUGUGGCAGAAAUAGGGGGGGAAAACCUGCUUUUAUCCUAGUGUAUCAUUCCCUUUUAAGUAUAAGCAAAUAUUGUACUUAAAAAUACUAUUAAGUUGUUUAGACCCAGAAUUUCACUCAAGUUAAAAUUCUUGUAAACUGUAAAUUAUUGCAAACUGUACAUGUCUCCAGACUGUAAAUAUUUUUAAAUCUAUCAUUGUUACUGGGAACUUUAAAAUUAAUGUUAUGUAUAACCUCACACUUGUUGCUACUGAGAUUGCUUUUGUUAGUAAUGGGUACAUAGAUCAACACAUUCUGUUCUUAGAACUAUGCUGGCAUAGUAACAGAUUGUGAACAAGAGAUGAAAAAUCUGUAUUUGCCAAUGGAAAAGGUCAAAUCUCACGGGAAACUUCCAAGCCUCUUUUUCUAGAUUAGGGUAGAUUUUCAAAAAUUUCCCACUUACACUUUCAGUUCCACCAUCUUGGCAAGAUUGAGCACCUUCAUUUGAUUGUCUACAGUUAUCACUGUUUUAAAACACUAUAUUGAUUAGACCUGCUAUGAGCAAAGUUGCAUGACGUCGUGCUUUAAAAUCAGGCACACCUUCUAGGGUGUACUGCAGAGGCCUUCCAAAAGUUGCUAGCAUAGUGGAACCCAACUGGUAUUGGCAAAGCCACAUCAUUUUUUAAAAAAAUUAAAACAGCGGAUGAGGGUACAAUAUUACCAACUGCUUUUGUACAAAGAACAAACUCCAUCUUCUGUGCACAUGAGGUGUUACUAAAGUGCCUGGACCUGCACAUUCUAGAGCAGAUACUAGGAAAUGACAUGUCAAACAGACAUUUUCUAAAGUUGUGCACAGGCCUUUGUGCUUCUCUUGGUAGAUAUGCAUACCUAGAAGAGAGCCUGCAUUUUCUUAAAAGGAGAUCAGCUAGACCUUAAAAACUUGCCAUGGGAAUUUAAUUUUAACUCAUUUAUAUAUGUGUGUGUAUAUACGUGUGUAUGUAUAGAUGAUUAAUGUGGAAAAAUAAAUUCUCAUGGCUAAUAUUUUAACCAUAUAUAUCUUUGAAUUUCCAAUAAGUUGAUUUUGCUUUUAUCAUAUAAAUAUUCCAAGAAUUCUGCCUUCCCUUUACAGUAUUUGUAAGAACACCUCAGUUCCUCCUACACUUUCACACUUUUUUCAUACUUGAGAUUAAAGAAAUUACAAUUCUAUAAUGUUGGAACUGUCUGCAAUGGAAUGGUUGACUUUGAAAGAAGUUUGUAACAACUGCUUUGCUCCAGGUUUGUAGUUUACACGCCAGUCCUGCAAAGACUUGUGUAUUUAAUUUGAUCUCAAUGGGACUAUUCAUGAGUUUAAAGUUUAGCAAGUGUGGAAGUUUCUGCAUGAGUUGAGCAUUAAUGAGGUCAAAUCUAGGAUACAAAAGAGCAGAAAUUACAUGACGUAGGGGGCUGAACAUAACGGAUCCAAAACAGGAGACCAGUGUUAACUGUUGUACAGUUUUUUAAAUUUUGUAUUUUUUAAUAGCAGCCUAAUGUACUGUUGAAUGCUUUUGGUAGGACAGUGGGCUGCCAGCUUGACUUUUAACUAUUUUUUAUAAGAACUUGCACGCUUUAAAUUUUAAGAUUUAAAAAAAAUCUAUCAAACGUGAUUGGUCUGAUUCAGCAGGAAAACAAAGUGAUGAAAUAAACAUUAUUAGAUGCCUAGUCUGGAGGUAAUUAUUUUGCAUGUUACAUGUAAAGUUUGUAAAUUGAACUGUUUGCAUUGAAUUAAGUUUGUACCAAAGGAAGCACUCCUUAAAGGAAGCCUUAUAGAGCGUUGAGCUUUUAGCUCUUAAAAAUGGCUUUAGCAAUUAGUAUAUUUAAUGUAUAUAGCACACGGUUUGGGGAAAACUUGUUCCUGUAAGCUACUAUACAUUAGCUUUUUACACUGUGUGUAAGAAAUUGUUGCUUAGUGCUGCUAAUGGUUUGUCUGGAGAAUUAAAGAAGAACUUUCUGUUUUGCUUGAAAAGUGUUAGCAUGUGUCAGGCAGCAUUUUCCUAAUGUUGAUGAAAAUAGUAAUAAAGCUCGUUGAAGUUUUUGAUGUUAAUUUAAUAAAAUUC